UACUCAAUGCGAAGUAAUAGACGGCAGCCUUGUGCUCAGCUCAACUCUGCUCUUUCCCGCUCGCACUCCAAUCUCACUAAUCACGUUAUGUUGGCGGUUUAGGUAAGGGUGAGAAGGGGGCACCAGAGUUCAAAUCUGUUGCUGAGUUCACUUGUUUCUGUGUUGGAAGAUUUGUGUGUUCUAUUUGCCUUUGAAACGAACGGGAGAGUUGUCAUUGGAUUAAGUUGUAUUUGUCGCUAUGGGAGACGUGAUUUCAAGCCACCUGGAUGAGGGCAAACGGGAGAUCAUUACAGCCAGGACAGGCGAGGUGAUUGGAGAGUUUAGCCGUCUGUAUGAGCAACAGUAUGCAGUGGCCCUCUUCAACAAGGUCCGCUUUGACAUCGAGGGAGGAGGUGGACCCCAGCCACAGCUACUGCACCGCAAGGUUCCUCUGGAGAAUAGAUCCAUCUUCUCUGGAGCUCUGUUCCAGUUUCUGGAGGAGAACAAUAAAUGGAGAAACCAAUUCCUCUUCGUUCCUGACUCCUACGCUAUCAACUACUAUGACAACAAAGCGUCUCAUGAGAGAGGGCUUCACCCCAAGGGAAACAUCAACUGUGCUGGGUAUAAAGUGCUGACUUCAAUGGAUCAGUACCUGGAGCUGCUCAACAACAGCCUGCCUGGUGUAAAGGCUAAAGUGGGUAACUCUCCCUUCCUGAAGUGUGCCACCCAGUUCCCUCUGAUCCUGUGGCACCCGUAUGCCCGCCACUACUACUUCUGUGUGGUGACGGAGAAAGAACAGCGGAAGUGGCAUGCAGUCUUUCAGGACUGUGUAAGACAUGCCAAUGAUGGUUUAUCAGAGGAGAGCCAGGUGCAGACUCCGGCCUUCACAGACGCAGUGAGGCUCUACCGCCAAGCCCGCGGGCAGUAUGGCACCUGGGAGAUGAUGUGUGGGAUCCCCUCACAGAUUCUGGCCAACCUGGUGAUGGAGACUCUUCUCCCUGAGCUCAGGGAUCUGAUCUCUCCUCGACUCAAAGGCAAAAUGCACGACAGGCAGAGGAACUGGAUGCUAGUCUGCGACGCGGUGUAUGGUCUGGUGGUGAGGCAGGCCCAGGCCCAGUACGAGGCUGUGGUGCAGAGCUGUGAGGCCCGACGUCCUCCUCUAGAGGCCUCCAUACGCACAGACAUGGACCAGAUCAUCACCUCAAAGGAGCACGUUGCCAACAAAAUCAAAGCGGUGGUGCUGCCUAAGGCAGAGAAGCUGCUGACAGUUAGUAUCCAGCCCUACAUCAGCUCUAUCCUGGAGGCCCUGAUGGAGCCCACCAGCCGAGGCUUCUCUCAGGUCAGAGACGUCUUCUUCAGAGAGCUGGUGGACUUGAGCAAGAACACACUGAACGACGGCACCAAGGAGAAAGUGGGAGAGCACAUGGAGAAGAUCUCUAUGCUGGCGUUCCACCCGGUGAAGAUGCAGAGCUGCUAUGAGAAAGUAGAGGACUUGAGUCUGGAUGGCCUGCAGCAGAGGUUUGAUGUCUCCAGCCCCUCUGUGUUUGUCCAGAGAGCACAGAUUCUCAUGAGAGAGCAAAUGGACGAUGCAGUGUACACGUUUGAGCAGAUCCUCCACCAAAGUCUGGAGGACCAGGGGCCAGAGGGGCUCUGUAAGAACAUCCAACGCUGCCAGGACCGGGUCAUCAAGAAAUUUGACUACGACAGCAGCACAGUCCGGAAGAGGUUUUUCAGAGAGGCUCUUCUUCAGAUCUUUAUCCCUUACAUGCUGAAGCAGCUCACUCCCUCCGUAUCCUCUGAGCUGCCUCGUUUCCAGGAGCUGAUCUUCGAGGACUUUUCUCAUUUCAUCCUGGUGGAGAACAUCUUUGAGGAAGUGGUGCUGCACUCUGUCAUGAAGGACAUCAUGAUGGCUGUCAAGGAGGCAGCAGUCCAGAGAAGACACAACCUUUACAGGGACAGCAUAGUGCUGACCAGCAGUGAUCCCAACCUCCACCUGCUGGGGGAUAACCCUGCCAUCGACUGGGCUGGGGAGUAUGGGACAGGACAGGAAGAGGUGGACAGGGAGGAGACUGGGGACAGCACAGGAGGGGCGGCCCAGAGGAGGCGCAGGAUGAAGCAGGUAGUCUCUAUGAUCCAGCUGGAUGGCUCUCCCAUCCUGGUCAAUGAGUCCUAUCUGGACAUCCCCAUGGUGGACAGCAUCCCUGAGGAGGGGGGAGUGGACCAGAACACCGAUGCCUCAGCUCCAGAGAGUGUCCACCAGGAACCAGCCAAAGUUAAUGGAACCAGUCUGAAAGGAAAGAGAAAGGCCCCUCCUCCUCCAGUCCAGCCAGAGAACAUUCCAUCCCCUGCCCUAACCAAUGGCUCUGUCCUAGAAGGUGAGCCGGCGACAAUCUUGAGUGAGGCCCCAGAGGUACAGACCAAAAUCUCAGAUGUACCCCAGGAAGCUGAGUGUGCGAUGAAGUCCCCAGAGGCGAAGAGCUUUUUACACGACCCUGAGAGCACAGCGUCAGCCAUUGAGAGUGCCAUACGGGAGAUUGAGAAUGCAGUGCAGGGAGAGGACAGCGAGCUAGCUGUAGAGGUGGCUGUACUGGAGGCAGUGGCAGAAGUUUCACCCUCAAGCCAGAAGGAUAGUGUACCCCUAAGCAAAGAGGAGGAAUCUUUAAAACCAAUUCAUCAGGAGGCACUGGCACGAACAGCUUUUAGCCAAGAGGAAAGCACACCUUCCAGUUUAGAGGAGGUAUCUUCCUCACUCUCUACUCAGACUAGGGUAGCAGCAAAAGAGGAGAUCCCCACACCAACAGCCCUGGAGACGGAGCCAGUCCCUGACCCAGGACCAAUGCCAGAGGAGGUAGAGACCACUUCAGUAGUCAGUUCAGAGUUGGAACAGGCAACAGUGGAUUUGGGCUCCCUGUCCCCGCCACAUGACGACAGUGGCUUCCAGUCUUUCACCAGUGAGGCGGUGAAGAAGGUGGAUGAUGCUGCCCCAGUACAGAGGGGCCAGAGGCAGUAGAGGUGGUCCCUGAGGCAGGGGGUGAUGGCGUGACUGUGGCCCAGUAGGGAACAGCAGCACAGAACAAUGACUCUGAGACCGGAAAGGAGAAGGACUCCGGGAAGGCAGAGAGUCAGUGAGGAAUUAGUCCUCGUUUAGGCUGUAUGCUGGCAUUGAUUUAAAUGUUUUUUUCUGAAGACAGGCAUAUUAUACUACAUAAACCUAAUCUCACAAAAGCAUAGACAAUUUAAUACAUGGAAAAUGGUUUGUAUACAGUAGUUUUUCCAUUAGAUCAACUGAUUGGUUUACACCUUCAAGAUAAUUCUAAUAAGUUCUAAACUUUUUUAUUUUUUGUCCACACAUUAUCCACCAAUACUAAAUCAGUCUGUACCUUAGGUGGGGCUCAAUUACAACUUGAAUGUCUCUAUUGUUUUUGUGUUUCUAUAUUUUGACAGACAUUCCAACUGAUAAAGCAUGUGCAUUCCAUUCAACCCACAUUCCAAUUGAUAACAUGUACAUUGUAGCCCGAGUGCCAGAUAUGUUUGUGCGCUCAUGCCAACUUAUUGUCACUCAUUGUCAUGCCAAACAUGGCUUGAUAAUGAAUGGAAUUUACAAGCGCACAAACAGAUUUGGGACCAGGCUAUGUGUGUAUUGCAUUACAUCCACACAAGGGGAACUCAUUCAUGAUGCUUUUUUAGUAUAUAUUCACUGUGUAGUGAAUGAUGAGGACGAUUGAAGGACCCAGUUGUCCUCGUCAUGGUGUUCUGUAAAUAUGAAAUCGCACAAUUCAGGUGCUUUUCUUGGUUGGGUAUACAGAAUCUUAGACGCCUUCCUAAUAUUGAGUUGCACCCCCUUUCCCCUCAGAACCGCCUCAAUUUGUCAGGACAGGGACUCUAAUGCUUCCCACAGUUGUCAAGUUGUUUUGAUUCCUUGUGGGUGGUGGACCAUUCUUGAUACACACAGGAAACUGUUGAGUGUGAAACACCCAGCAGCGUUGCAGUUCUUGACACAAAUCGGUGCGCCUGGCACCUACUACCACUUCCGGUUCCAAGACACUUAAAUCUUGUCUUGCUCAUUCACCCUCUAAAUGGCACACAUCCACAAUCUGUCUCAAGGCUUAAACAUCAUUCUUUAACCUGUCUCCUCAAAUCAGCUAUACUGAUUUAACAAGUGACAUCAAUAAUUGAUCAUAGCUUUCACCUGGAUUUACCUGGUCAGUCUCAUGGAAAGGACAGGUGUCCUUAAUGUUUUGUACACCGUGUAUAAUGUUCGGUGGCAUCAUUGAUUUGUUUAAAGUUUGCUUAGUUAACCCUCUGAUCUGCACUACUGCUCAACCCUGAAUCUACAUGCUGUCAAGUGUGCGGCUUACCCAUGGUGUUAAAUUCUAUUUGGAUUGGACCACGGCAAGGUGUGCAAAGCUAGAGCUAGCCAUAGUGAAAUAAAAAUCAGAGUAUUUAUUCCAUAGAUUCAACGACCAAUAUGUCCUUGUUAUCUUAUUGGUGUUUGUCCCACAUCUUUCAUACAGUUGCUCUCUGAAGUCUCCUGUCAGUUUAAUGUUUUAUUAUCAGAGGAUUUCAAAUACUGUUGUAAUCGUGCAUCUGUCUGCAAUAAUCUUCUGGGGUAUUUGAUGGGAAGGUGCCUGGGAAUCAAGCAAUCCUGUAGUAAUCGUGCCUUAUGGAAUACUGGAAAACAUUGCGUUCAAAGUACUUUUUAUUUCAAAUUGAAAUGACAAUCUGUCAAACAUAAUGAUGUGCACAACUCUUCUGUUAUCAUGGCAAAAUAUGACAUCAAAUGAGUAAUGCUAUUUAUAUGUUGUCCUUAAUAUUUUACCAUUUAUUAUUGAUAUGACUGGGAAUACCUCAGUUCUGACAUUGAAUGGCUCCUAACAGAAAAAGCCUCUGUACAUGCAGUAUUAAAUACAUUGUUGGCCCUUUUCACCACCAUAGUCAUUCUUUUUUCAAAGACUAUAGUACAAAAUGCAUAUCUUCAGUGAUAUACAUGGUUUUCCCCCCAUUUGUUUUCUUGUAUUUAUUAUGUAUUCCACACUGCCUUGUGUCCCUGUCCCCAACCCAUCCCCUUUGAUGAGCGUACUUUUACAUUUGUUUUACUCAAUGUCAUACAACAGACUGUUAGUGAUCCAUAAAUAAUUAUUGAUUUAAGUAUGUUGGUCUGUUAUGGUUUUCCAUUGGAACACAGGUUUGUUAAAGGGGACAAUCUGGGAUUUGAAAAACAAGUGGGCUUCCUGACACUAUUGUUGGUAAACAGAUGAGGGAUGGAGAAAUGUUACCACUCAAAUUCCAAAAUGGAUGUGCCAAUCGCAGAUUGCCCUCUUUUGAAAUGGUUGUUGGGUUCAUGUGGAGCAGUAUUUAAACUUGCUUUCACAUUGACUGUCAUAAUUCCAAAUGUAUUUUACUCCAUUGUUUGUAAGCAAUGCAAUUGUAAACAUGGUUAAAAGUAUAAAUAAAAACAAAUCAAUAUGGUUAAAAUGUA